CUCAAAUAUCCGAAAGGUACAGAACUGAUAGUAUAUUCUGAUAUUCUCAACAAUCUUGACCCUAAAUUUAUUUGUUCAAGCGAAUCAACUGUCUCAAAGAAUGAGCUUGAACUUCUGGUUAACCAAUUAUCAUCUUCAUGCCAUGGAUUUGAAUUCUUAAGCAGAAAUGGUUUCAUUGAUACACGUUUUGAGGAAGCGUGGAAAGUGCUCGAAGGUUCGGGUACGGAGUCAGUCGUUGAUGUUAACCAGAGUCAAGUUGUAAAUUACUCUUUGAAGGAUUCUCUGGAAGUGGAAAGCAGUUUGGCCAAUGAUGCCUUGAUUCCUAUCGACCAAAAUGAUGAUCAGUUGCAAUUUGUCCUCAAUCGGCUUAUCAGGGUAUUUGCCAAUUUUUCGUCUGUAAAUGAGGCUCUUAAAUAUCCCCUAUCUCAAAUAACAGACGGGCUUCCAAUUACGCCAAGAACAUUAUCGGAUUUUAUUGACCGCACUAUAAUGCUUGAUUCCUCAACAAAGUUGUCCUCACUUUGCCGACCCGAUGAGACACUCGUUUUUGGCUUAAAGUAUGAAAAGUUGAUUGUAUUUAUCAACACCUUUAGAUUCUUGAGUGCAAUGAUUUCCUCAUUGAAUAUAUUUUUGCUUCUUGAAUCUCGGUUUGGCAUUCGAAAUAUGCUGAAAAGUGCUCAACUUCGAUGCAGUAUUGACGCCGAAGGUAGAUAUUCAGGAAAGUUUAUGAUCGACGAAGGUGUGAUUGAAAGAAAUCGUCUUCUGGUUAAAUGUUCGGUGCUUGGUGGACCUACUGAACGCCGGUUGCCUCCUCAAUGUCUUUGUGAGCACAAUGCAGAUCCUUAUCCAUAUCCAAUAAUUACUUCCUUGAGCAUAGAGUCCUUUGAACCUUUCAUCAAUAAGUCCAAACCAUUCUGCAAUCAGACCCCGUGUAUUGACAGUCGUCCGGUGAUCUCAAAGAGACCAAUUACAGCUACUUUUGCAUACAUUGUCUUAAACAUUCUUAAAGCCUCUAACGGCCCACGAGUUAAAGCUGAUCUCGAUAUUCUGAACAAAUUGCCAAAUAUUAAGUCGAAAAUUAACGCUUUGGCAAAGCACUUAUCAAAGUCCAACAGACAGAUCCUUGGUAUUGGCUGCCUAUUCGAUAUAUGUCUCCGCGCAAAUCGUGGUAUAAAUCAGCCAAUUUCUUCAUCGGUGCAAUCAAAUUCCGCUUCUUCAAUUUUGCAACCUUGGGAAGAGGUUGCAAUCACUUUGAUUAUUGAAUAUGGUCGUCGUGUAAAGGCAUUAGAUCCCACUGUUUCUGAAAUUACGCAGAAAAUUGAAUUAGCUGACAUGUUACUGUACAUUAAAACUCUAUCAUCAUCAUCAUCAUCGAAUAAACCGCGGGGAACUAAUUCGGAAAACAAUGACCUAGAGGGAACAAAUAGGGAAAGCGAAAUCUUUCAGACAUUCGACUGGUUCGCGGCUCUUAUCUUUCUCAUUUUCAACGGCGAUCGAUCUCGGGCUUCCGAGUUUCUCAGAGGCUUCAAGGAAACAGAACUUGCAAACUUUCUAUGGAACUCUGCGGUGCUCAUUUUAUAA